UCUGAUCUUCCUACCGAAAAUCGAAAUGGCAGUUUUCAUUUUGUGAAUUUCUUUCAUAUCUUACUUAUUUUUUAAUUUUACUGCAUUUAAUGAUGGAUGGAGAGACAAAGAAGAAGCCCAACAAUUUACCGGUCUGGGGAAAUGAACGAACUAUGAACCUAAACACGAUGAUCCUGACAAAUAUCCAAGCUUCGCCGUACUUCAAAAAUCAAUUGUACGAACUCAAAACGUAUCACGGCGUAGUAGACGAAAUAUAUUACAAGGUUGAUCACUUGGAACCAUGGGAAAGGGGAAGUAGAAAAACAUCUGGUCAAGUUGGAAUGUGCGGUGGGGUACGAGGUGUUGGUGCAGGUGGAAUCAUCUCAACAGCCUUCUGUUUGCUGUACAAACUAUUUACAUUACGUUUAACAAGAAAGCAAUUAAAUGGUUUAAUCAAUCAUACAGACUCUCCAUACAUCAGAGGGCUUGGUUUCAUGUACAUUAGGUUUUCACAGCCACCUGCUGAUCUCUGGGACUGGUAUGAACCUUUCUUAGAAGAUGAAGAGGAGAUAGAUCCAAAAGCUGGUGGUGGAUGUACAAUGACAAUUGGACAAAUGGUUCGUAGCUUCAUGCUCAAGUUGGAUUGGUAUGAUUCGCUGUUUCCUCGUAUUCCAGUCCCAAUUCAGAAGGAAAUCAAUGGCAAACUACAAGCACUAAAUCUUUGCGAUGACCGAAAACGCAAGGCAGAUGAAGGUUUUGGUGAGGCGGAACGAUACUCGAAAAUGAUGAGAGAAAAAGAUAGUAAACAAAGUCCAAAUCGUGAAGAGGAAAGGGUACCUGAACGCAGCCGGAGUCCAAGUCGGGACCGAAAACGACAUCGGAGUCGAGACCGUUCGCCGCGACGGCGGAGCCCGGAACGGCGUCGGAGAAGUAGAAGUCGCGAAAGAAAGCGAAGUCGGGAGAGGAAUGGCAAAGAUAGAGAUAGGCGAAGUCGUAGCAAGGAAAGACAUCGCGAUAGUCAUAAAAGAAAGCAGAGAAGUCGUGAUAGGGACAGUCGUGAAAGAUCUAGGAGGGAUCGAUAGCACAGUUAGUGAACCUUACAUCUGACAUUUUGUUACCAUGCAUAUAUACACCAGCCUUGUUCGCAGGGUUUUUAUAUAUACAUACGAGACCUGUCAUAUGCACGGUUUUGUUUUCCUAUCAGCUAACCCAAGUUAAACACGUUGGGUAUAAAUUUCCAUGCACUUAUGUACAGUAUCAUGCGAUAUUAUGUAGAACGAAUUACGUAUUUUAAACAUACACAUUUGGGGAGGAAAAAUAGAAUAGCGCUCUAAAUUAAAAUGCCACAUUACUCUGUUGGAUCAUACAAAUCAAUUCAUAUUUUCAAGAUAUUUUUCUGGCUCGUUUUCAGGGCAAUCGUCAAAGUUUUUGAAAGGAUAACAUAGGUUUCAAUCAUAACAGUAGCGCACUCCAGUUCACCAUACGGUCGUAAAGGAUAUUAUAACAAGGCUCGAAGUGAAAUCAAACUCUUAUUGGCGUUAGAUAUUGACACCUAGAAAUUUUAUUACAAUAUCAAGCUUGACGUGGGCGACCAAUAUGCUAUGAUCUAAUCUGUGUGACAGUACUCUUUUCUACCUCCCACCCUUAAUCAAUGCGAGAUAUCUGAAAACAAUACGUACUAGUUACUGGGUCCGAGUAGUUUUUCUGUAACCUUAAAAUUUUUUUUCUUACACAAAAAUAGUGAAUAUCGACCGCAAAGUGGAUAUCCCACCGCAAAGCAAUUCGGUCUCUUCUCUAAUGAAUUUGAUUUUUUUAUGCACUAACAGUUCGCUUAAAACUAGCUACCUGUUUAUUACUGCUUUCUGUCAGAUAUUUUUUGCAUGAUGUUUAAAAAUUGCCCCGUGUAAGUUGAAUGAAAUUGAUUCAUAAAACAGAGCUGUGAACAUUUUGUUUUAAAUUGUAAUAUAGUUUUUUGCAUGUUUUGUUAAUAUGCAGUAAGUGU